AUGUGCGUGCGUUUGCUGCCGCCGCAGGCUUUUUCUAUUCGCCUCAUCACGGGCGGUCGGCUAGCAAUGGCGCCUGCGCACAACACGACGUUGGAGUCCAUCCAGUACACCAGAGGGACGCUGCGCCUCUUGGACCAACGGAAACUGCCCUUUGAGACGGUGUUUGAGGAGAUCCUCGGCGUGGACGACAUCUGCGUGGCAAUCAAGGAGAUGCGCGUGCGCGGGGCCCCCGCAAUUGCUGUCAGUGCCGCCCUUGCCAUUGCUGUUGCCGCAGAGAGAGAGGCACGCAAGCAAGGCAGCGCCUGGAACUCGGCGGAGGAUGCACGACGUUUCCUGCUAGAGAGCUGCGAUACCGUCAUGACGGCCCGUCCCACAGCUGUGAACCUUUCCAAGACACUCACGCAGCUGAAACGUGACAUUGAGGCGGCCGCGGUUGAGACGGCAGCGGCAAUGGUGGAGGCGUGCGUCGGGUUGGCAGAAAAAGUUUACGCGGAGGAUGUCGCCUAUAACGAAGGCAUCAUGCGCCACGGUGCAGCACACAUUAUGCGGCUUGUUAACAAGCCAAAGGUGAGUCUGCUGACGGUAUGCAACACAGGGGCCCUUGCGACCUCGCGCUAUGGCACCGCACUUGGGGUUGUGCGUCAGUUGUUCUACGAGGGCAACCUUGAGCAGCUGUAUGCAUGUGAAACACGGCCGUGGAAUCAGGGUGCACGACUCACUGUGUACGAGUGUGUGCAGGAAAACAUUCCCUGCACCCUCAUCUGCGACAGUGCUGCCUCGGCGCUCAUGCGAUCCCGCCCCAUUGACGCCGUCAUUGUCGGUGCCGAUCGUAUCUGCAGGAAUGGUGACACUGCCAAUAAGAUUGGGACGUACAACCUCGCGGUGGCCGCGGCGCACCACGGCGUUCCCUUCUUCGUUGCCGCCCCCACCACAACUCUGGACCCCCUGACGGCGGACGGUGACGGUGUUGUGAUUGAGGAACGUGAGACGACGGAGAUGACCCACAACAUGGCAACUCGGCAGCGCGUCGUGGCGGAAGGACCGUCGCUGCAUAUUUGGAAUCCCGUGUUUGACGUCACUCCCGCUGCGCUCAUCACGGGUGGCAUCAUCACAGAACUCGGGGUCACGCCGCCUGCCGCGACUGCCCCUUUCUUUGAUAUUACCCGCAUUGUUGAUGCAAUUUAA